CCUUCCUUUAGUUUCUCCACCUUUCUGCUCUGUCUCAUAGGAAACGUCUUACAGGUUGAGCCUGAACAGAUAGACAUGGAGCCGACAAAAAAUAUUGUGAAAAUAGCCAUCCAAAGGAUGGGGUCCUAUCCACAGCUCAUUGAACUGGAUCAGAGCAAACCUUUGUCGGCUGUGGUGAGAGAUGUCUGCGAUGUGUGGUGUCUCAGUAACCCAGAGCACUAUACGCUUCAGUAUGUAGAUGGACACCAAGAAUACAUCACGGAGUCGAACCGAAUGGACAUUAAGAAUGGCAGCAUCCUGAGACUUACGACGUCCCCGGACAAAGAGGCGAGCAUUCUCUGCAGCGGAGCACAGAGCCACAACAUGGAUGUGAGAUCAGAGUCCCUGAAGAAGCUUGCAGCCCUCUCUCGAGAUGUUACGUUUGCUCAGGAAUUCAUCAGCCGUGAUGGUCUCUCCAUUCUCUCCAAGAUUGUGGAGGAGGAACAAGAACUCGGAGAUGUGAUGGUGCACACCCUGAGGGCAAUCUCUGAGCUCAUGGAACAUGGAGUGGUGUCCUGGGAGACCUUCAGUAAGGAUUUCCUACACAAGAUUGUUAGAUUUGUGAACACAAAUCUGAUGGACGAUCACAUCACACAGCUGUCUCUAGCAAUCCUAGAAAGUGUUGUACAGAGCAGCAUCAAUCUCGGAGCGCUGGUACGGCUGGAAGUCACCCUGGACAGGCUGCUGAACCUUCUUCAAUUGCCAAACCAGGAGACGCGGGUCAAGGUUAUGGCGCUCACACUUGCUCUGUUACAGAGACUGGGAGACAGGGAGAAAGAGGAGAUGCUUAAUUAUCUCUGGAAGAAGAACAUGCGCCAGUUCAUUCACAAGGACAUCAUCCAUGGACGGUCGGCGCUGGGUGAUGAGAUGAGACAUUACCUGUAUGUACUACAGUGCCUGAGCCUAGGCCUAUUGGAGUCACGUCUCAGAAGCUGCAUGGAUCCCAAUGACCCUGACCAGAGGCAGCAGCUGCAUGCUCUCAGGCUCAUAGCUUUUCCCAAUGAAGAUGAGGAAGGAAGUCAUCUGAACUCAGAGAGACGACGAUCGCUUUGUGCCAAAGAGUUUCGCAAGCUUGGCUUCUGUAAUAACGGCAGCCCGUGGCAGGAUCUGUCUCUCACCCCACCUGGACUGCUAGCUCUAGAUAACAUGGUCUAUUUCUCCACGCGCUGGCCCAGUGCCUACAGCAGGUUUGUGCUGGAGAAUAGCAGCCGGGAAGAUAAACUCGCCUGUCCGUUUGCUCGAAGCAGCAUUCACCUGACCUUGAUCUUGUGUGAUAUUCUGAGAAUUGGCGAGCCUGCCUCCGAAACAGGGCAAAACUUCCUGGGAUUAUUUUAUUCCCAAGAUCAUUGCGUGCAGGAGCUCUUCUGCGUCUGCAUCCAGCUGCUCAACAAGACCUGGAAAGAAAUGAGAGCCACUCAGGAAGACUUUGACAAGGUAAUGAACGUGGUGAGGGAGCAGAUAUCGCGUGCUCUUACCUUUGCACAUACAUCGCUGGAAUUUUUUCGGACCAAAAUAUUCUCCAUGAAUUAUAGUGAAAUUCUGAAAGUGCGCCAGGCGGAGAGGCAGAUCCAAGAGGAGGUCCUUUCCCCGCCAGUGAUGGAGCUGCGGAAACAGUUACAGGUGGAGCUGCUCGACCUCAUCAAACAGCAGAGACUGCACUACCUGUGCGAGGGAACCACGUUCCGCAAGAUCAGCAGCCGCCGGAGACAGGACAAGCUGUGGUUCUGCCGUCUCUCACCCAAUCACAAGGUUCUUCAUUACGGAGACCUGGACGGUAACACGGAAAACCCACCAAUCGAGCUUCUGCAAGGCAAAAUCCCCGUCGCUGACAUUAAGUGUGUUCUCACGGGGAAGGACUGUCCACAUAUGAAAGAAAAAAGCUCCGGGAAACAGAACAAGGACAUCAUAGAGCAGGCCUUUUCUAUCUGCUUUGACGGGGACAGCUGUCUGGACUUCAUCGCACCUUCAAACAUAGCGUUCUCGCUGUGGAUCGAUGGACUGAACGCACUGCUGGGGCGGGAGAUGACGAGCAACCGCAAACACAGCGAUCUGGAUAUCCUGCUCAACACUGAACUCAAGCUGAGGUUAUUGGAUCUGGAAAACGUUCCCAUCCCGGAGAAUCCGCCACCCAUCCCGCCACGGCCACUGAACUACGAUUACUGCUACCGCUUCACCUCGGCAGAGGCCUGAACGUCACACACUAAAUAAACGAAAGCCAAUGCAA